UGCCUCACCAAGGUGGUGCGGUUGGGGUAUGUUACGCACGCAUGCGUAAUGAUUGAGAAUGUGUAGUGUUGAGAGUAUUUAUGGUUCUAUGAUGUAACUUUAACGAGAAUGAAGCAAAAAAAGCAACGCUUUUUUUCUUACGUUUGGUGAAAAACGCAGCUUAAUUUCAAAAUCGUAUAUAAUCUGCAGCAAAAGAAUCUGAUCAGAAAAUGGCACAUCCAAAUGCUAGUUCUUCAACAAGUUCCGCAAUUCCAAAGAUUCAAAGGACUAUGGGAAAAAAUAGCUCUGGAAAAGGCAUGAAACCUCUUUCAUAUGAAAAUGAAAUGAUAACCAUCUUUGGAAAAAGUCACAGUGGAGUGCCACCUUUUGUGGUUGGCCGCAAAGAAAUUGUUUCUCAGGAAGAGAUUUUGCAAAAAGUCAGUCAAACUUCAUCUGGGAAUAUAAAUGAAGAAGAGUCUUCUGUCGAAGUACAUUCACCUCUUUCGCCUCUAUCGCCUCUUUCGCCUCUAUCAGCGAAUAGCAAUAAAUCAUUCACGACAAAUAGCAAUUGUUCAUCUUUCAUAAAGACAAAAGCAAAGAAGGUAAUGCCAGACAAGACGCACGCACAGAAAUGUUGAUAGAGCUUCGAACAUGCAAUGAAUUACAAAGACAGCGAAAUAAUAUUUUGGAAAGGCAACUUCAGCUACUAGAGAGAAUGGAACAAAAAUACUCAAAGCAAACAGAAUUAAAUAUGUAUAUUACACUGAAUU